UUUUACUCUAUUUUUUUUUUUAAAUCACAAUCAUAAUCUAAACUAACUAGUCUGUAUUCUGUUUUGAAGACUAAUACUACAAUAUGAUAAAUAGAUUUCAUUAGAUAUUAGCAGUGUUAAUGCACAUAGUUCUGAACUAUGCAUAAUUGUAUAAAUUGAAUUUGUUAAGGAUUUAAUAUAUGCAUAUGGUACUUGGUUCGAUUUCUUUUAAUGGGCAAGCGCCAUUGUGAGAGUUGAAAGGAAGCAUCUUGCAAACGUAGAUGUCGCAUCGAUAACCGGAAAACUUCUAGAAGUUAAUCAUGUUUCAUUGAAAGCGCGUUGUAGAAUUAUCUUUAUUGUACUAUUAUUUUGCAUCGGAUAUCAAAUAAAUAUGACAAAUUUUACCUAUAUUCGAUUGUUUCGAAGUGCGUCGAUAAAGAAGUGAAUUUGAUUCAUGGUGUAUUUUCGAGCGACGCCGCAGCCAUGAUUGUUUAGUUUCGGGGGGGAUGAAAAGCGAACGCGAAUGAGGGAUUUGAAUGAAACGCGUGUGAUCAUAACGUAUGAACUUAUUUCGGUGUUUAAUGAGUGUGCCUGUUAAUUAAGGGAUAUGGGUAUUUAAACAUUUCCUUGAAAUGUGGUUACGAAGUGAACAUAUUGGUAGACGACUACGUGGUCGCUUAAAUAUAAGCACCAGAUCCAAAGUCUCCAACCAUCGAGUACAAAUUGGCAGUUUGCGGAAACUACCAUCUAUCAGUAAUAAUAAUCAUCGUAUUAAUUCACAAAACAUGUGCGGCAGACUAACACGAUGGAGGCGUAGAUGUACACAUUUUUUAAAAGAGGCUUGUAAAGAAAAUGUUUUACAUUUUGCGAAAUCUACACCUAUUAGACGAGAGAGAGGACCUCGUAGAAGAAAAUGCAUAAAGCGAUCAAUGGUUACUUCAACUCCGUUACAUCGAUCAACUGCGAAAGAUGCAAUUCCUCUAUCAAAAUGCACAAUAAUAUCUAAAGUCACAGAAGAAUCUAAAGAAAACUGGAAUACAACUAUUUUAUCUCUAUAUUCAUCCAUAUUAAAUACAGAUUCAUGUUGUUCCUCCAUAUCUACUAUAAAUGAUUUCAAGCCUUCCAUUCCAAGUGUAUCGCACCUGACAAAUCUAAUGCCUCCAGCAUCUAUAGGAUCACAUUCAGAUCUUUCAUAUGUAUUAGACAAUGAAGAAACUAAGAAUAAUGAUGCCAGUUCACUGUAUUAUUCUGCUACCUGUACAGAAACAGAAACAUCUGAAGAAUGCUAUAGUUUAAUACAUUCUACAUCCAUGUAUGGAACACGCGCUUUCUCACCAGAAAAGUAUUUUCCAAAUGGAAAAUACGCACUUAGCAACAACAAUGAAAAUAACAGCAGUUUAUCAAAAAAUCAAUAUUCUAUUGACAGUCAUUCAUCGAAAUAUGAAUCAAGUUAUACUACUGUAAAGUAUAGCACAUCAACCAUGUACAGUAUAAAUCAUCAUCAUUCAUCUGAUACAAAUGGGAAUGUUACUGAGAAAUACAGUUCCGAUGAUAUUGAGAGUGAUUAUCACGAUGUUGAGUACAUGGAAGUUGGAGGUGAGGAAAUAGUAGAAAGUUGUGAUGUGGAAAAUAUGGUUACUCAUGUGCAGGAAGACUGGGAACCAUUUGAUCCUUAUGUCUUUAUCAAGCACUUACCACCUUUAACUCCAGCAAUGAGAGCCAGAUGUCCUGCUCUUCCACUUAAAACACGCAGCAGUCCAGAAUUUAGUCUAGUAUUAGAUUUGGAUGAAACAUUAGUUCACUGUAGUCUACAAGAACUUUCGGAUGCGGCGUUUCGUUUUCCAGUCGUUUUUCAAGAUGUAACUUACACAGUGUUUGUCAGAACACGACCGUAUUUUCGUGAAUUUUUAGAACAUGUCUCGUCAUUGUACGAAGUAAUCCUUUUUACUGCAAGUAAACGAGUUUAUGCCAAUAAAUUAAUGAAUCUAUUAGAUCCAACAAGAAAGUUGAUUAAAUACCGUCUGUUCAGAGAGCACUGUGUUUGCGUUAAUGGAAACUAUAUCAAGGAUCUGUCUAUAUUGGGUAGAGAUUUAUCUAAAACUGUUAUUAUUGAUAAUAGUCCACAAGCAUUUGGAUAUCAGUUAGAAAAUGGUAUCCCCAUAGAAAGUUGGUUCGCUGAUCGUUCAGAUAAUGAACUAAUGAAGUUGUUACCUUUUUUAGAAAACUUAGUAAACUGGGGAGGGGAUGUUAGACCACGCAUUAGAGAACAAUUUCGACUUUUUAGUUUUUUACCACCGGAUUAAUUUAGGUAGUAAGCACAAAAUUAAUGUGGAAGUACCAGCCUACGUCGGUAUAUACAUGUAUGUAUAUCUUAAAAAUAUUAAGUAGAUAAAUGUAAGAUAUUAAUACAAAGCGUGCAAUAAUACACGCCAAAAAAAUUAUAUAAUUUGCAAUAAUAUCUUAUUAAUAAGCAUGUCCGGUGGAAAAACAUUAAAACGCGUAAAAUCCAAAAUACAAUUACUUUUGCAAACGUUUAAAUUACUA